AUGCUCCUGCCGAGAAGGAGUGAUGUUCCGCAGGCCAGAUUGCACAGCCACCGUCACUUGCGCCAUCGUCCCCUGUGCUCGGCGGAGGAGGCUCUUGGCGAUGCGAAUCACCGGGUUGAAGAAGACCCCAAAGACAUGGAGGCCUUGCUGCAACGCGCAAAGGCGUUAAUGCGCUUGGGAGGCCACAGCGCCGCCCUCAUUGAUCUCUCUGUCCUUAUUGACUUCAUGCAGGGGCGGGGCGCCUUGGAUGAGCUUGUUUACGUUUUGUUCUCACGUGGCGUUUGUCACGCGAGGUUGUCGUGUAUCGACGAGGCCAUCGCAGACUUCACCGCGGCCCUUGAUAUUGACCCGGUCCACGAACGCUCCGCCUACGAGCGUGCAGCGUGCCAUAACAGAAAAGGAAACUUCACCGCGGCCAUACUGGACUAUGAGAGGGCGUUGCAACACGAUGAGGGACGGAGGAAAUAUCUUAUGCAACGAAAUGCUCGUCGUCGAUUGGCGUCUUCGCGACAGAAGCAGAGCGUCUUCGCGCCAUCAAAAGGAUCUACGCCUCUGUGUGUGGCGGCCUCUCUUUCACAGUGUGCCGACGACAAUACUGGGCAUGCCAGCAACGGGCGGCCAGCACUCGAAGCCUCAGUCAGUAUUCGCGCAGAAAAGUCGUCUAUUCACGACAAUGUGUCGAGUCUGGAAAACCUCACUGACACGCUUAUACGUGGUCCUGAAGAAGAAGAAGAGGGGGAAGAAGAGAGGAAACAGCAAGCUACGUCUUUGCUUCACAACAGGGAAGCGGCGGAACUCCAUCAUCAGCGCGGGCUGACGUACCGGAAGCAGGGUGACUUGGUGCACGCUAUCAAGGAGUACACCGCAUCUAUUCAGCUUGACCCGAGGAACUUCAAAGCGCUCUUUAACCGAGGGUUCUGCCACGACAAGAUUGGGGAUUACAAUGCGGCUAUCCGGGACUAUGAAGCCGCCAUGCAGCUGGAGCCGGGGUACGCGUACACAUACUACAACCUCGGCAUAUCGCACGACCGCCGUGGCGACCACUACGAAGAGGCCAUCGCCAUGUUUGACAAGGCCAUCGCGCUCGAUGGAAGCAAUGCCGACUUCUACCACAACCGCGGGUUCAGUCAGCGAAAACUAGGUAACUACCGUGAGGCCGUCAAGGACUAUACUACGGCAAUAUCCCUGGACCCAAAGCAUUUUAAAGCGUACUACAACCGCGCUUUUUGCUAUGACAAGGUUGGGGACAUUACCAGGGCUUUUGAAGAUUACACACACGCCAUCGCUAUUCAAGAGAAUAAUCCCAACGCUUAUCACAACAGAGGUGCUGCGCUUGAAAAACUGGGUUCCCUAGAUGACGCUCUCAAGGACUAUACACAAGCCAUUCAGUUGGAUGGUAAAAAUUCUUUCACCUAUAAUGCUCGAGGUCUUGUCUAUGAUCAACUCGGCAAGUAUGAUGCUGCCUUGCGAGAUUUGACCCAAGCCAUUGCGCUUUCUCCAGGUAACGCUCUAUUUUAUCAAAACAGGGGCUGUGUGUAUCAAAAUAUGGAACGCUUUCCGGAAGCACUGCGAGACUAUGACGUUUCCUUGAAUUUAUCUGUACAAGAAGAAAUGACGACGCAGGGAGCUCUUGAGGAUACCAAGAAAACACAGGAAUUGCGUGCAGCGAGGUUUAAAACAUUUAUCAACCGCGGCUUCUGUUACGUACACGAAGGUAACUACGAAGCGGCUGUUCGGGACCUCACUGAGGUCCUUGCAGUGGACACUAAUAACGUCUUCGCAUUACAUAACCGUGGAAUUUGUUUCGAUAAGUUGGGAAUCCACAGCCACGCCGUGGGGGAUUUCUCCCGCCUUAUUGAAAUAGACCCGGAGAAUGCAAAUGCGUAUUUUAGCCGAGGCUCCGCCUUGGAAAGCUUACAGGAGUACGCGAAAGCGCUGGAUGACUACGCCGUCACACUCACUUUGGAAAUAGACCAGAGUGGACUGGAAGAUGAAAGCGCCUUGGUAAAAUUCAAAACGGAGCACCGCGCCACGGUGGCAUCUCAGCGGGUUUUGCGGUUCUUGAAAGGGCAGAGCGUGCCUACAGGUUCUCGAAGACCACAUUAA